CAGGUUGCCUGGGAGCUGGCUGCUGGGAGCUAGGAUCCAACAGUCAAGGUCAAUGCGGGGAUUGGCGACAGCUCAUUGCCCUCCAGCAGGACAGUCUGUGAGGCCGUAGGAGAAGCCGCAGCUGCAGGCGGACCAAGCCCGGUGCAGGAUGAGGCUCUGGCUGCUGGCCGGUUUAGUGGCUGUGCUCGCCCUCGUGGCGGUAGCUGGGGCCGACCUGGGGGACGCGAGGGAGCUGGAAGAUGCGCCAGCUACACCAGUGAGAGCCAGGAGACAAGUGGAGAAGCAGCGGCGACCCAGUCCCAGACCCAGACCCAGACCCAGACCCAGACCUACCUGGAGACCAGGCUUCAUGGUUGCUCUAAGCAAGGAAGUGGAUCUGCUGCGAGUCAGGAGGGAGGACAGAAAACGCACACCCCCACCUUCCAAACCCUGUCCUGGCUGCUAUUCUCCUCUGACCAAGCCAGCUACACCAGUGAGAGCCAGGAGACAAGUGGAGAAGCAGCGGCGACCCAGACCCAGACCCAGACCCAGACCCAGACCUACCUGGAGACCAGGCUUCAUGGUUGCUCUAGGCGAGGAUGUGACUUUUCUAAGGCCUGCCAAGGGGGAGGUCCAGGAUUCAGAAGUGAGAACCAGGAGGGAAGCUGAGAGACGUUCGCAGCCGCGACCCAGAUCCAGAUCGAAUCCUCCAGGGCACUCACCUUACAACUACGGCUAUAUGACUCUUCUUGCUUCACCCUCCAAUGUGAGCCUCCCGGGGCCUGCUCUACCAGGGCGAGGCAGGAGGGCAGUUGAAGGAACUCAGACGCGCAGACUAAAACCCAAGCGACCCCAGCUGCCCUGCUCGGGCUGCUACAGCCCUCUAGAGUCCCUCAAGGACAACCAUCAACAAGGGAGAGUUAAGAGGGAAGGCAGGAAACCGCAGCAAGCCAGACCCACAAGGAAACCAACUUGGAGACCUGGCUCUGGGUCCAUCAUAGGCUGGAGCCCUCCUGAGGAAGUCAAAGACAAGCUCGCCGCCCCCAAGCUCCCCUGUCCCAGCUGCCAUGGCUCUGUAGCCCCCGGCCAGGAGGGGCGCUCUGCUGAGGGGAUCCUGAGCCCCAGGCCCAGGAGAGAAGACGAAAGGCCCAUGGCGGCAAAGCGUAAAGCCAAGCAGAGAGCAAGAGACGGGCUCUACUGUGCUGGCUGCUAUUCCAGCCUCACGCUGCGGGACCAGCCUGCCCCUGUGAGAGAGGAGGCGGACGGAGGAUCAAGCAGAGAUUAGCUACCGCACCCACCUGAGGUGGAGUCCUUCCAGGCCUCACAUCCCUUGUGUAGCUAGACAGCAGCCCACCCCUCCCCUCCACACCCCUGAGAUCAGUUACACAGAAUCUGGAUCCCAACCCCCCUUCCCCCUCCAGCUGGCACAAAUGCACCCUGCUUCUCCUGCUGCGGAGCUGGGAUGGAACCAAGGCCCCUUUCUCUGAGUCCUGCAAACCCACAAUCCCCACCCUCCCCUGCCUCGUUCCCAGGAAUAGACAAGGGGAGCGCGGGCCGCACGGGAACCAGAACGGCCUGUCCCGUGGGGCCCUCCGGGCUCCCAAGGCGCUGUGCAGAGGCAGAUAGAUUUAAAUGAAAUUAAAGCUACAUAUAAAGGGCUGAAUUCCCUGGGGUGUACGUGGGUCCAGCUCUGCUGCACUGAGUGGAACUGCGCCCGUUUAUACCUGAGGGGAACGUGAGCCAAGAGUGCAAAUAAACACAAAUACACUCGCUCUGUGUGACCUGUUCCUGUUGGGACUCUCAAGCUACAGCCGCACGACUCUGCCCAGCGCUUCGCUGGCUCCUUUUCUCCAUCUCAUUUACUCCUGGUGUUGUCUGCUGAGGAGUGGGGGCCAGAGAGCCCCAUGGUGCACGAGCCAAUGGCGGGGGUGUGUGUGUUCACAUAGUAUCUUUAAUUUACAGGUACCUGCUGUGGAGACUACAGCUCCCAGCAUGCAAUGCUCCUCCUUGAGCCGCAUGGCCUCGCUGAGCACCCUCGCACUCAGCAUCACCAUUCGGGUGGCCCCACAGCGCCAUACACAGCGGGAGAUUUGGUCUCACAGAGCCGCCAUGACAGCUGGCUCCAGGGCCUGGCUGUGCCAUGGGGACUGCCCUCUGCUCUGAUGCUGGCUCUGUGGUCAGGGCUGAGACAUGCUGUUACCUGGUGCGGGUUCGGCGGGGAGGGCGGUGAUUUGCAAUGUCGCUGCCUAUGCAGCACCUAUUCUAUGCCGAAAGAGAGGAAUUUAAUUAGCUCUUUAAUUACCUGAAAAUCAAAAAGGCCUCCUGCAAAAAGUGGAAAUGGACAAAUUGCGAAGGAGGAGUACAAAAGAAUAGUGCAAGCAGGUAGGGACAAAAUCAGAAAAGCAAAGGCACAAAAUGAGUUACACCUAGCAGGGGAGAUGAAAGGAACUCGAAGAGGUUCUAUAAGUACAUUUGCAGCAAGAGAAAGAUAAAGGAAAGUUUAGGCCCACUAUUUAGUGGGGAGGGAGAGCCAGGGCCGGAUUAAGACCUUUAGAGGCCCUAAGCACUGAAGAGAUUAUAAAAACAACACUAUACUGUAAAAUAAAAUUUUAUUUUUUGAAAUGACACAAAACUGACAUGCAUACUGAAAUUAAAAUAGCUUCUUUCUAGAUUUUCUGAUUGCAAAAUUCUGGAUAAGUUCAUCGAAGCUGACUCGACGAAGCAGGUCCACUUCCAUACACAAUCGGGAAAGUGAAUCAAGUCUGUCCUUACAUAUUGUUGUUCUCUGCGGGUUUUUUAUUAUUUUCAGCUGAGAAAAAGAGCAUUCUGUGGAGCACUUAGUAAUCAUCAGUGUUAGAAAAAUCCGUCGUGCGAUCUCCACAUUUGGAAAUACACGUCGUAUUCCGCUUUUCAGUAUUGUGUUAUGAAGAUCAGUGUGACUGAAUUUCAUUUUUCCUGUUUCAUUAAACGUUGCGCGCAUAUAACAGUGGAACUGCCGGACUUCUCCACAGAGAUUCAUGUUCAAGUCAACAGGGUAUGAGCCAAUGAGCUUUUGGGAACCUUGUGAAUACUGUUCAUCAGAUAAGUCCAUAUCAUUUAGAAAAGAAAAUCUACUUGAUACUUCUUUGUACACUUCAACUCUCCUCUUCAUAUGAGCUUCACGUGUAUCAAUUAUAGCGUAGUAAGUAGAUACACGAAAUUUGUCUCUAGGAUUCAAUGCUGUUUCUGCCUUGCACUGCUAUCAUUUGCUUGCUUUUUCCUGAUUCGCUUGCAGGACUGGGCUUUUUGUAGUUAGCAUCAGGCAAGAUAUCUUUUGAUAUGUCUUCAAAUCUUUUGAAAUCAUUCCUCAAAGUGUGUAAGUGGUCUGCUAAUGAUUGACAGAGGCCUGCACAUGUUUUCAAAUCCAAUUCUUGUUCUUGGAGAGCUUGACUUGUGUGGUAAAAGUGUUGUAAAAUGUCAUUCCACAUGGUCAACAUGAAUACAAACUCUAGUUCUUGCAUCUUGUUUGCAAUGUUUGCUGCCUCUCGUCUAGUUUCUCCCUUUUGUGGUUGGUCUUCAGCUCGACUUUCUAAUGCAUCCACAAUCUUUGAGGAGGACUCCAGAAUUGCACUUGUUGCCAAUGCUUGUGCCUGCCAGCGAGUAUUAGAAAGAGAUUUCAGCACACGAUCAUGGCCCACAUAUGUUUUAAGAACUGCCCAUCGGUGUGUUGAGGCAGAGAAAAAUGUAUAAAGUAACUGGACUGUUGAGAAAAACCUUACAGCCACCGGACAGCAAUCAACAGCACCGCGGCCAACAAGACUGAGCGAGUGUGCAGCACGUGGUGUGAAGAUGGCAUAUUUGUUCUGUUCUAAAAGCUUCUUCUGCAUUCCUUGAUAACGCCCUGACAUGUUGGCAGCGUUGACGUAAGAUUGACCUCUGCACUUUGAGAAAUCUAUUUUGCAAACUUGGCAUAGAUAAUGCAGUACUUGAUUUGCCAUUUCUCCACCAGUGUGGCUUUUCAAAUUGAGGAAUGUUAUAAAUCAUUCAACUGGUUUUCCAUCUGUGGGAAACACAUAUCUUAGUACAGUACUAAAUUGAUCAAUAUGUGAAAGAUCAGGUGUAGAGUCGACAGAUAAACUGAAGUACCCAGCAGUACUUAUUUCAUCCACAAUAGCUGAACGAACUUUGUCACUCAUUAGACCAAUGAGUUCAUCACAUAUUGUCUUGGAUAAGUAUGAUGAGUGACCUUUGACAGCAUUCCCGUAUUCUGAGAUAUGGCCUGCUAAAAAUGGGUC